AUGGCUUCAAUUCCUGCAGGAACUGAUCUGAGAAUCGUGAUGAUUGGGAAAACUGGUGUGGGGAAGAGUGCUGUUGGAAACACCAUUCUGGGAGAGCGUCAAUUCAACUCUCGUCCCUGUUCAGAGUCAGUGACUAUCUCCUGUGAUAGAAGUGAGAAACGCUUUGGUAGCAGAGUGGUGAGUGUGAUAGACACACCUGGGAUCGUGGACACAAAGGUCUCCCCAGAAUUCAUCAAACAAGAAAUUGUGAAAUGCAUCAAAGUCUCAUGUCCUGGUCCUCAUGUCUUCCUGCUGGUCAUCCAAAUUGGUCGAUUCACCAAAGAAGAGAAAAACUCUGUGGAGGCCCUGCAGAAGCUGUUUGGUCCAAAAGCAAACCAGUACAUGAUUGUGCUGUUUACCCGCGGUGGUGAUCUUGGAGACAUGACCAUACAGGAGUAUGUACGUGAAGGCAGUGAAAACCUUCGUAAAGUCAUCCGAACAUGUGGAGGCAGGUUCCACGCCUUUGAAAACACCAAGCAAGACACAACUCAAGUCGUGGAGCUGAUCAAGAAGAUCGACGACAUGGUGGCAGGAAACGGGGGAUCAUGUUACACGAACGCCAUGUACAAAGAAGUUCAGGCAGCGGCUGACAUGGAAAAGGUCUUGAAUGCACUGUUACUACGCAUCAUGCUUUAUCUACAAAUUCUUGGUAGAGAGUAA